AUGGCCAGGGACAUGGAGGAAUCGAACGACCCUGAAGCUCACGGCCCCAGUCCAAUCGGAACGUCUGCGCAGGUCCCGGAGGCAUCCCCGGUUCGCGUCAACGAUGUUAUUCCGCCUUUAAACAGGACGCAUACUCUCCCAAGUGGUCGUACUGGCCUCAACGAGCCAAGUCAACAGAACAUUCCACCAAGUUUUCAUUUAAGACAGUUCAAGGAUAUCACUUGUUUUACUCCAGGUCAAAAAUUGUAA